UUGUUGCAAAAUGUUUUCAUUCAAGUUGUUUACGUUAUUCUUAUUCUUUGGUAUCGUUCAAUGUAACUCUUCGUAUGGUUAUCAUAUAUUGGUGGGCAUACCAAGAGCAAGGGCGAUAAAAAUAACGGAAGGGAUGUCUCGAAUCGUCGGAGGAUCUCAAGUUACAACGCUCAACUCUUUCCCUUAUCAGGCUGGUAUUGUAACCACUCUGACUACAGGGGCGGAAUCUAUUUGUGGUGGAUCAUUAGUGUCUAGGACUAGGGUUCUCACAGCCGCCCAUUGCUGGAGAGAUGGUCAAAUGCAAGCGAGGAAGUUUACAGUUGUUCUUGGGUCUUUGAAAAUAUUCUCUGGCGGAACCAGACUAGACAGUACUGAUGUUGUCGUUCAUCCGCAAUGGAAUUUUAAUGAAAUAACUAAUGACAUUGCUAUGGUUAAAAUAGCAGCAGUAAAUUUAAGUGAAAACAUACAACCGGUUGCUUUGCCAACAACAUCCGAAGUGUCAGAAAAUUAUGCAGGACUAUCAGCUAUUGCUUCUGGUUAUGGGAAAACUAGAGAUUCACAAAACAGUUUUCCGUCGACGACAGCGCUGUAUCAAAUGACAUUAUCGGUGCUCACAAACGCGCAGUGUCAACAAAGGUUCGACAUGCCACUGCAUAGCAGCCAUCUUUGCACUGACGGUGUCCGCGGCGUCGGAACUUGCGAUGGCGAUUCCGGAGGUCCAUUGACUGUUGUUUGGAAGAAUCGUCGCACUUUGAUUGGUAUCGUAUCGUUCGGUUUAGGGGACGGAUGUCAACUGGGACUCCCUUCAGUCUACACGCGAGUGACCGCUUUUCUUCCAUGGAUAAAUUCUAAUAUGUAA